UACAGUGGUAAACAAAGGAGCGAAUCCAGGCCGCACUGACUGACGGGUGUGACGAGCUGGGAUGAGCUGAGAACGCAUCCGAGUCAAAACCGAUGCAGGCUGGGGGCAGUCCCUUUCCUCCCCCUUCUGACUUUGCCACCCACUUGGGUGCUCAUCAUCUUCUUCCUCCAUCGCUCCCUCCCCUGUCUCCUCGUCCUCUCCUUUUCGCAAGAUCUCGCCACCGAUUUCAUUUCAUCUCGGAGCGGAAAAAAAUCGAGGAAUUUUUCUGAGUUGCGUGCUUCAAUCUUGCCGCCGCAAUUGCCGAGCACUGCUAGGAGUAGUAGUAUAAUCUUGAGGAAGGCGUUCUUGAAUCUUGAGGAUUUUGAUUCCUCCGGCUAGCGGUAGCGGGCGGUGGUGCGGGAAGUGUCUUCUUCCCCGUGAGCUCGAGAAAUUUCAUGCCCUUAGUCAGGGAAGGAGCCGCCUUUCUCACUCCCGCCGCCGCCGCCGCCGCGUCUCGCCGGGGAUGGGCGGCUUCUUCCGCCUCCUGCUCGCCGUCUCCGUCCUGCUCCACGUCCUCGUCCAUGGCGGCGGCCAGUUGUUGUUGUCCCUGAACCAGACCUGCGACGCCGCCGACCUCGCGGCGCUCCGGGCCUUCUCCAACGGCCUGGACGGCUCCCCCGGCGCCGGGCAGCUAGCCGGCUGGGAUGCCCCCGUCUCCGGCUCCGGCUCGUGCUGCGCGUGGACGGGGGUCACCUGCGACGGCCUCGGGCGCGUCAUCGGGCUGGAUCUCUCCAACCGCAGCCUCCAUGGCGUCGUCUCCCCCUCGCUCGCCUCGCUCCGCAGCCUCGCCGAGCUCAACCUCUCCCGCAACGCGCUCCGCGGCGAGCUCCCCACGGCGGCGCUCGCGCUGCUCCCAGCGCUCCGGGUGCUCGACCUCAGCGCCAACUCCCUCUCCGGCGACUUCGUCCCCUCCAGCUCCGGCGGCGCCCCCAACGAGUCCUCCUUCUUCCCGGCAAUCGAGGUGCUCAACGUCUCCUACAACGGGUUCACCGGCCGGCACCCUUCGUUCCCGGCCGCGGCGAACCUCACCGUGCUCGACGCCUCCGGCAAUGGCUUCUCCGGCGCCAUCGACGCCGCCGCCCUCUGCUCCGGCUCCGGCGCGCUCAGGGUCCUGCGGCUCUCGGCGAACGCCUUCUCCGAGCUCAGAAUCCCCGCAGGGCUCGGCCGGUGCCAGGCGCUCGCUGAGCUCGCCCUCGACGGCAAUGGCCUGGCGGGGGCCAUCCCCGCCGACCUCUACACAUUGCCGGAACUGAGGAAGAUCAGCCUGCAGGAGAACUCCCUCACAGGCAAUCUCGACGAAAGACUUGGUAACCUCUCGCAGCUCGUGCAGCUCGACUUGUCAUACAACAUGUUCUCCGGCGGCAUCCCUGAUUUGUUUGGGAAGCUGAACAAGCUCGAGUCCCUCAACUUGGCCUCCAAUGGAUUCAACGGCACGAUACCCGGCUCUCUGUCGAGCUGCCAAAUGCUGAAGGUGGUCAGCCUGAGGAACAAUUCGCUCUCCGGGGUGAUCGAUAUCGACUUCGGUUCGCUGCCAAGGCUGAACACUUUGGAUGUUGGGACUAACAAGCUUAGUGGCGCCAUACCUCCGGGCCUCGCGCUGUGCGCCGAGCUGAGGGUGCUCAACCUUGCCAGGAACAAGCUUGAGGGAGAGGUGCCGGAGAACUUCAAGGAUCUGAAGUCGCUGUCGUACCUGUCGCUGACCGGGAACGGGUUUACGAACCUGUCGUCGGCGUUGCGGGUGUUGCAGAAUCUGCCUAAGCUGACCAGCUUGGUGCUCACCAAGAACUUCCAUGGGGGUGAGACCAUGCCGGUGGAUGGCAUCAAUGGGUUCAAGAGCAUGCAGGUGCUUGUCCUGGCGAACUGCGCGCUCUCCGGCAUGAUUCCGCCUUGGCUGCAGACCUUGGAGAGCCUCAAUGUGCUGGAUAUUUCGUGGAACAAGUUGAAUGGGAGGAUCCCCCCAAGGUUGGGCAAUCUGAACAAUCUCUUCUACAUUGACCUGUCAAACAAUUCAUUCAGUGGGGAACUUCCUGAGAGCUUUACACAGAUGAGAAGUUUGAUUUCGAGUAAUGGCUCGAGUGAGCGGGCAUCAACGGAAGACCUCCCAUUAUUUAUCAAGAAGAAUUCAACCGGCAAAGGUUUGCAGUACAACCAGGUAAGGAGCUUCCCGCCAUCGCUGAUCCUAUCCAACAACUUGCUUGCAGGGCCAGUCUUGCCAGGCUUUGGCCGUCUUGUGAAGCUUCAUGUGCUGGACUUGAGCUGCAACAACUUCUCAGGGCACAUUCCUGAUGAGUUGUCAAACAUGUCGAGCUUGGAAGUGUUAAAUUUGGCCCACAAUGAUCUCAAUGGGAGCAUACCAUCAUCUCUUACGAAGCUGAAUUUCCUCUCCGAGUUUGAUGUGUCAUACAACAAUUUGGUUGGAGAUGUCCCAACUGGGGGCCAAUUUUCAACAUUUGCAACUGAAGAUUUUGUGGGAAAUUCUGCACUCUGCCUUCUUCGUAAUGCCUCCUGCUCUCAGAAGGCUCCAGUUGUGGGAACAGCACAACACAAAAAGAACAGAGCCAGCCUUGUUGCACUUGGAGUAGGAACUGCAGCGGCUGUUAUUUUGGUCUUGUGGAGUGCCUAUGUGAUCUUGUCAAGGAUUGUCCGUUCAAGAAUGCAUGAGCGCAACCCGAAGGCGGUUGCUAAUGCUGAAGAUUCCUCAGGAUCUGCUAACUCAAGCUUGGUGCUGCUUUUCCAGAACAACAAAGAUCUCAGUAUCGAGGACAUCUUGAAGUCCACAAACCACUUUGAUCAAUCAUAUAUAGUUGGAUGUGGCGGUUUUGGCCUUGUCUACAAAUCAACGCUACCGGACGGCCGGAGAGUUGCAAUCAAGCGGCUUUCGGGUGACUACUCUCAGAUUGAGAGGGAGUUCCAAGCCGAGGUGGAGACACUUUCGCGGGCUCAGCACAAGAACCUUGUGUUGCUGCAAGGGUAUUGCAAGAUCGGCAAUGAUAGGCUAUUGAUCUACUCAUAUAUGGAGAAUGGCAGUUUGGAUUACUGGCUUCAUGAGAGGGCCGACGAUGGUGCACUGCUGGAUUGGCCGAAGAGGCUACGGAUAGCACGAGGUUCAGCAAGGGGGCUGGCAUACUUGCACCUGUCAUGUGAGCCGCACAUAUUGCACCGAGACAUCAAGUCGAGCAAUAUCCUCCUGGAUGAGAACUUUGAAGCUCACCUGGCAGAUUUCGGGUUGGCGAGGCUCAUCUGCGCAUAUGAGACGCAUGUCACCACAGAUGUAGUGGGAACCUUGGGUUACAUUCCUCCAGAAUACGCGCAGUCGCCUGUAGCAACUUACAAGGGCGAUAUCUACAGCUUCGGCAUCGUCCUGCUGGAGUUGCUCACCGGCCGGAGGCCUGUGGACAUGUGCAGGCCGAAAGGAAGCAGGGACGUUGUGUCCUGGGUUCUCCAGAUGAAGAAAGAAGACAGGGAGACCGAGGUUUUUCAUCCAAAUGUACAUGACAAGGCAAAUGAAGGUGAGCUCAUCAGGGUGCUUGAGAUGGCAUGCCUCUGCGUGACCGCUGCUCCGAAGUCAAGACCGACCUCGCAGCAGCUAGUCGCGUGGCUCGACGACAUUGCGGAAAAUCGGAGUUUAGCCCAGUGAUGAAGCUUCCAGUAGUUUCGGUCUGCUCGAACAGAGGUUCAGCCUGGUAGAUUAGUUGUACAUAAUAUUUUUACAUAGCGUGAAAGCCGACAGUUCUCUUGCAUUUGAAAUGGUCCUGAGUAAUGGCCUGAGCAUCCUCUCUUCUUCAUAAAGGUGGUUGCAAGACUACCAGAAUGUAAAGAAAAAAGAAGCUUCGUAGGUAACAAUUUAGUGAUUACAUUGCCAGCUAUUUGACGGAUUUCGGUUACUGGUAUGGUAUGAAAAAAAAUGUGUUGCUAAUUUGUUUAGGUAAAUCGCUGUGACUUAAUUUCUGCUGUUUGAUGUUUGCAAGCCAGCCAGAGCUGAAGACUGAUUGCUCACUAAAUUAAUCAAAGGAUAAAAACAAUCCAAUGAGGUUGUUGUCUGCA